AUGUUCUCACCUGUCCUUCGUUUAACGGUUUUACAAUGCAUAUUUAUGCAUCUUCUUAACGUCGUUUCGUGUAGUUCUGAUGAAUAUCGAUUGCUUUCCGAUCUCCGCCACAAUUAUGAUCCAUAUGAAAGACCAGUUGCUAACUCAAGCGAACCUCUGGUUGUUUCUGUGAAAAUCUAUUUGCAACAAAUCCUCGAUGUAGAUGAAAAAAAUCAAGUAAUAACACUAGUUGCUUGGAUAGAGUACCAAUGGACAGAUUAUAAACUAAAAUGGGAUCCUUCUGAAUAUGGAAGUAUUAAAGAUAUUCGCAUUCCGGGUAAUGCGAAUGCCAUUUGGAAACCAGAUGUUUUGCUAUACAACAGUGCUGAUGAGAAUUUUGAUUCAACAUAUCCAGUUAACUAUGUUGUUAGUUAUACUGGUGAUGUACUUCAAGUUCCGCCUGGAAUACUGAAACUUUCAUGCAAAAUUGACAUUACAUAUUUUCCAUUUGAUGAUCAGAUGUGUCACUUGAAGUUUGGAUCAUGGACAUACAGUGGUAAUUUUAUCGAUUUGCGAAUCAAUGGGCCAGAAGGCAAAAACAUUUCUGAAGAAGGGAUUGAUAUUCAAUAUUAUGUGCAAAAUGGAGAAUGGAAUUUGCUUGCUGUACCAGCAAGACACGAAACAAACAUUUUUGAUGAACAGCCUUACCCAUCACUGUUUUUCUAUUUGGUCAUCCAACGGAGAACCCUUUAUUAUGGCUUGAAUUUAAUUAUUCCAUCAUUUCUUAUAUCACUGAUGACGGUUCUAGGAUUUACUUUACCUCCUGAUGCAGGUGAAAAGAUCACACUAGAGAUUACUAUUCUUCUAUCGGUUUGUUUCUUUUUGAGUAUGGUAGCUGAUAUGACACCACCAACUUCGGAAGCUGUUCCACUGAUAGGAGCGUUUUUCUCUUGCUGCAUGUUAGUUGUGUCAGCGUCAGUUGUCUUCACUGUCCUCGUUUUGAACCUUCACAACCGUAAACCGGAAACUCAUGAGAUGAGCCCAUUCCUCCGCGAGCUCCUUCUCAUUUGGUUUCCCUGGUUCUUGAUGAUGAGGCGACCUGGGACAACGGUCUUUAAUCGAAACUUAAUCAAAGCACAGCAGGCCGAAGAAAAAGCUCGUAAAGAAACGGCAAAAAAUAGUAAUUUGAUUUCAAAAACGGACCUUGUCCGUCCAUCCGAUAGUUUGUCUUUAAUGAAGACAAUCAAGGCUGCAAAGAAAGAUACGUCUUUCGACUUUGAUGAAGAAAUUCACAUUCAUCACAAUCAUCUGACACCGCUAACGCGAAGUGUUGGACCGCAACUCACGUUUUCGAAAAUCAUGAACGAUUCAUUUUCGGACGACGGUGUUAUGCAAGAAUUGAAUAAAUAUAUGCAGAAGGCUUGCCUUGAAUUAAAAAAUAUAUCCUCCCAAAUAAAAGUAAUGCGUAAGCGAAUGGAAGAAGAUGAGCGAGAUGAACAAGCAGCAAACGACUGGAAAUUCGCAGCAAUGGUUGUCGACCGAAUGUGUCUCAUUACAUUUACAAUUUUCAUUGGCGUGAGCACAUGUGGUAUAAUGUUUAGUUCACCGCAUUUAAUUGCAUAA